AUGGCCAUGGACGAAGAGGAGGACAAAGCGCUCCAGUGGCUGAGAAGGGUGAGCCAGCCGGCGCCUCGUGGGGAUUCUACGGUACUGGCCAUAGAAGCAAUGCUUCGGUUGGCGGAAUUGGGGCAGCAGGCAAGUCUUAGACGCGGAGUUCUAAUGACAUCUGCGUCCGCAGACUCGGGCCUGCCGUCCAGUUUGGCAGCUCAGGACGGGGAGAGUACUGGCGAGAGGUCUCACAGGAACAGUACAGUGACGGAUCAAACUUCACGAGGGAGCAAUACCCCGACGGGGUUAUCUCGAUCGGGAGCGGUGGAAAACGUGACCAAAGCGGCGACGGAUGACAUGGAUGAAAAUGACGAGGGAGGACGCCUUGUCCGGCAUAUCAGAAGGCCGCGGGAUGGUUCAGAGCUCCCACCCACAUCUCCGCCCACGCCGAAGCGUUUACAGAAGGAGGAUAAGCGACAAUAUAUUCCAAGCCAGCUUGGCAAGGCCUCUUUGGAGACGAAUAAGUCGACUGCGCCCAAGGACACAGCAUCCAAGGUUAAGGCGGAAGAUGUGUAG